UGAGAGCCUGAGACCUAUGUCACAUUAGGCAGCACACUUUUUCACAUUCAGAUUGAGAUUCAUCCACAACGAAAAUGGCGGAAGAGGUGCUGCAAUUCAAUGUGGCGUCAAUGGUGGAAGAUGUGCUCCAGCAGCACGGCAAGAGACUCGCCAACACCGAUAAUUUCGCCUCUAGAAGCGCUGAAGAAGCUUCAUUGAGAAGAUACGAGGCGGCGGAAUGGGUGAGGAAGAUGGUAGGGGUAGUUUUGGGAAAAGAUUUGCCUGCUGAGCCCUCUGAAGGGGACUUUAGAAUUGGAUUGAGAAGUGGCAUUAUUCUUUGCACUCUUCUUAACAAGAUCCAGCCUGCUUCUGUCCCAAAAGUAGUUGAAGCACCUGUUGAUACUGUCAUAAUUCCUGAUGGUUCUUCCCUCACCGCAUUCCAAUACUUCGAGAAUGUGAGGAACUUCCUCGCUGCCAUACAGGAUAUGGGGAUUCCCACUUUCGAAGUCUCUGAUUUGGAACAUGGAGGGGACUCAUCCCGGAUUGUGAACUGCAUCGUCGCCCUCAAGUCAUACCACGAGUGGAAGCAGGCCGGUGCCAAUGGUAUCUGGAAGUUCAGUGGAAACCCGAUGCCUUGCCUCACUGACGACGUUUCAUCUGCCGAUCUUAGUGAAAUGGGCACGUCUUCUUCAUUUCAAAGGCUCGUGCGCGAGCUUCUUGCUGAUAAGAGUGCAGAAGAAAUCCCUAUUUUUGUGGAGAAUAUAAUAUGUGAAGUUAAGGACGAGUUCGAGCGCAGGCUGGAAAAGCAAACUAAACUAGAACUUAGGAAGAUCCUCUACUCGACAAAAGAAGGCAUGCACGUGCUCCAGCUCAAGUAUCAAGAAGAUGUUGAUAGUCUAGGUAAACAAGUCGUUCGCCUAGCUAGCCAAGCUUCUGGAUACCAAAAGGUUCUUGAAGAGAACCGGAAGCUGUACAAUCAAGUGCAAGACCUGAAAGGAAACAUCAGAGUGUACUGCCGUGUGCGCCCUUUCCUUCCCGGGCAGGCCAAUGGGUUGAACAUAUUAGACGAGAUAGUUGACAACACGCUCACUAUCCAAACAAGUUCGAAGCAUGGAAAUGGGAAGAAAACAUUCACUUUCAACAAGGCCUUUGGUACAAACUCAACUCAAGAGGAAGUAUUUGCAGAUACUCAGCCACUGAUCCGGUCAGUUCUUGACGGAUACAACGUCUGCAUAUUUGCUUACGGCCAAACUGGAUCAGGAAAGACCUACACAAUGACGGGGCCGAAGGAGCUGACAAAGGAAAGCUUGGGUGUAAACUACAGAGCCUUGAGUGAUUUAUUCGAAAUCUCAGAAGAGAGGAAAGACACGAUUGUUUACAACAUCUCAGUUCAAAUGAUGGAAAUCUACAAUGAGCAGGUUCGAGAUCUCCUUGUGACAGAUGGUGGCAACAAGAGAUUGGAGAUCCGCAAUAACUCCACCAAUGGCAUCAAUGUCCCGAAUGCGAAUCUGUUGAAUGUGACCUCCACGUCGGAUGUCAUCGACCUCAUGAACCUCGGCCACAAGAACCGUGCAGUGGGCUCCACCUCCAUGAACGACCGGUCCAGUCGGUCCCACAGUUGCCUGAUGGUUCACGUUGAAGGCACGGACUUGACAUCAGGCACGACUCUGCGGGGGUGCAUGCAUCUGGUGGACCUGGCCGGGAGUGAGAGAUGCGACAAAACAGACGCAGUUGGGGAGAGGUUGAAGGAGGCUCAGCACAUCAACCGAUCUCUAUCUGCGCUAGGAGAUGUGAUCGCUGCUCUAGCUCAGAAGAACGCUCAUGUUCCCUACCGCGACAGCAAGCUGACACAGCUGCUUCAGGACUCACUCGGAGGGCAGGCCAAGACUCUCAUGUUCGUCCACAUCAGCCCGGAGCCAGAUGCUCUAGGAGAGACGCUCAGCACUCUCAAAUUCGCGGAGCGUGUCUCCACUGUGGAGCUCGGUGCGGCUAAGUCCAACAAGGACACCUCCGCCCCUGAGGUCAAGGAGCUCAAGGAACAGAUUGCAAUGCUGAAAGCGGAAUUGGCACGAAAGGAGGAAGCUUCCAACAACCCGGGCAGUCCUAAAUCAGCAUCGGUAUUGGCACGAAAGGAGGAAGCUGCCAACAACCCGGGCAGUCCUAAAUCAGCGUCGGUAUUGGCACGAAAGGAAGAAGCUGCCAACAACCCGAGCAGCCCUAAAUCAGCAUUGGUAUUGGCACGAAAGGAAGAAACUGCCAACAACCCGGGCAGUCCUAAAUCAGCAUCGGUAUUGGCACGAAAGGAAGAAGCUGCCAACAACCCGGGGAGCCCUAAAUCAGCAUCGGUACUGGCACGAAAGGAAGAAGCUGCCAACAACCCGGGCAGCCCUAAAUCAGCAUCGGUACUGGCACGAAAGGAAGAAGCUGCCAACAACCCGGGGAGCCCUAAAUCAGCAUCGGUACUGGCACGAAAGGAAGAAGCUGCCAACAACCCGGGCAGCCCUAAAUCAGCAUCGGUACUGGCACGAAAGGAAGAAGCUGCCAACAACCCGGGCAGCCCUAAAUCAGCAUCGGUACUGGCACGAAAGGAAGAAGCUGCCAACAACCCGGGCAGCCCUAAAUCAGCAUCGGUACUGGCACGAAAGGAAGAAGCUGCCAACAACCCGGGCACCCCUACAUCAGCAUCGGUAUUGGCACGAAAGAAAGAAGCUUCCAACAUCCCGGGCAGCCCUACUGCAUCCAGUUUAUGUUGCAAGACAGAGGAUCAGAGCGACUUCUGUUCAAGAAGGUUCAGUUUGGACAGCCAAGACGCAUGGCCAACGAUCCAGGAAGCGGUGUCGAGUCCUUGUAGUAGAAGGCAGUCUCUGGCCUCACCAGUAAACACAAGGCACAGCUUAGACCGUUCACAAACCCAAGAUUACAUUCAGAAAUCCACCAUGGGCGCAUCGAGGCUCAAACAUCCCGUCGCCAAGCCGGUCAAGCCCCAAGAGACCAGGAGUCAGAAUCCUCAGCCAAGUGGGAGGGUCCGAGGCCAUUCUCCGCUGAACAAAGCUGCACGACCAACGUCAACACUUGUGAGGCGAAAGACGGCCGGUGGGAAAUGAGGGGAGCUAUAGCUAUUCACUGCAAUGAAGCUAACUUUAUUCUUGCUGCCUGUUUUUUGGAGCUUCUCGUUUUCACUACACAUGAAUUUAGUAUUGUUUAGAUGGAGUGAAGAAGAUGAAGUUUUCUAUUCCUUUUUACAUCAACAAUUUAUACUGACCAUUUUCAUCUUGUAAAACUUGCUUAGGAGAUUUUCUUAGUGAGACAUACUACAUAGCUGCGCUACUGUUGUUGCACAUAAUUAAUCUUUUUUUGUAU